ACUGUAACCAUAUCGCACACUUGAUAGUGUAGUGUGUGUGUGAGAGUGAGUGUGUAUGUGAAGCGUACAGUAGCAGCAGAUGGGAGGAGGAGGAGUGCUGUUGCAGCAGUCUCAGCAGGACCGACGUUUUUGUUCGCCUCCCGUGCCACCGUCGCUUCCCCCUCACUCGCGUCUCUGAGCUCCGGUGUGUCCGGACCGGACCGGACUGAGCGGUUCCAGUUAAAAUGGGAUUUUAAUGCAGCCCGCGCGCUGCCCGGAUGGGGGGGACCGUGAUGUUCGCCAGGGAAUAAAACGGUGCAGCCGAUCGGUGCGCAACAUCUCGUUUCCAUGGACAUCACGUCCAUAAUAACACAGGUUGCAAAUCCGAAAGAGGAGGAGAGCAUCUCAUCAGGUCAGGAUAAAGUCUCCCAGUCCAACAGCAGCUUAAAGAAGCACCGCAGUCGGAGUAUUUUCAGCCCCUUCUUUUGCUGCUUCUGCAACUACAACAACUACCAUGUGGAGCCCCCACCCGCCAACAACAAGACACUUUCUCUGCCCACUCCUCCUGAGGAGAACGGCAGUCCUCCGAAGCCUCCUGCCAAGUUCCUCCUGCCUGAGGUCAAUAUAUCAGACUACAACAAGAACUGUGUGGUGAUUGACCUGGAUGAAACCCUGGUACACAGCUCCUUUAAGCCCAUCAGCAAUGCAGACUUCAUCGUCCCGGUGGAGAUUGAUGGCACCGUUCAUCAGGUGUACGUGUUAAAGAGGCCCCAUGUAGACGAGUUCCUCCAGAAGAUGGGGGAGUUGUUUGAGUGUGUCCUCUUCACAGCCAGUUUAGCCAAGUACGCUGACCCCGUGGCGGACCUGCUGGACCAGUGGGGGGUGUUUCGCGCUCGGCUCUUCAGGGAAUCCUGCGUUUUCCACAGAGGAAACUACGUCAAAGACCUCAGCCGACUUGGCCGGGAGCUUCGGAAAGUCAUCAUUAUAGACAACUCACCUGCCUCCUACAUCUUCCACCCUGAGAACGCGGUUCCUGUGCAGUCGUGGUUCGACGACAUGACAGACACGGAGCUGCUGGACCUGAUCCCGCUGCUUGAGGGUCUCAGUAAAGAGGAGGACGUGUACAGUCCCUUACAGAGCCUGAGGGACAGGUAGCAGGCGCCCAUCGCGCCACCUUUCUGAGGGUCAAUCAGCUGACCCUGGACUUUGGCACAAGUUAUGUACAUAACGAAGGUUUCUAAAAGGAAGAAGUACAUGAAGUAAUUUUUCUAAUUAAAAGAGGCAGUUUUACUCUUCUGUCAAGAUUCUAUCAACAAAAAAAAACGUAUUUUAGUUACCAAAAACGUACAAAGCAAUUUCUUUGUGUUUCUGUAACAGGUGGCGUUUGUUUUAUUUAUUUUUUCUCUGAUUUUUGUUAGUUUUUUCUUUUCUUCUGGUUCCAAUAACUUUAAUUUAGCAUUUCUUACAAACUGAAGUGCCUUCUUUACCGUUGAUUUAGUUUUUGUGUACAUCUUAUAAACUGACAUUGGAAAGUUUUCAGCGACUGCGGUGUAAUCGAGGUCGGUUCUAGAAAUUCAUAAAACUAGCACAUCAGACCCGGGAGAUUUUAAUGUGUUUGAUAGCACUGAUUUGUUAAAUUUACCAAAGAUUUAUACAAUUCAAUGUAAUCUGUGGAUAAAUGACGUCAUUUAAUCCUUUUGACAGUGACUGUAAAUUGAUGAUCCUUGGAAACAAACAAACCCAUCUUUAUUUUACUUCUGAAAAUUAAAAAAAGUCAAUGUUUGUGAUGACAGUCCACUAAUAAUAACGAUAAAAAUAACAAUAAAACAUUAGUUUAGCGUAUAUUCAAUGAGGAAAGUGACGUUGGGAGCGUUGUAAAGACAGACUGUUCGUACUGUAAUAACAUGGUUUGAGUUGCAAGUUUGCACACUGUUGGUGUGUUCUCAUGAUGUAUUGAAUUUUAUUAAAGUACUGUAAUAACUA